UUGAUGAAGUGCAAAGCUAACCAUCCACCACUUAGCUUACUUGUCCACCUCGAGAUUUAGCAAUUACUGAAACACAAGUGUGUGAGAUGAAUAUAGCACACGCAAAGGGUAUGCUUUCACUGAAUUAAAACACACGCCUCACAAAGAAACGUUUCGCCACAGCACAGGGAACUCCAGCAGCCAUGUCAGGAAUUAAAAGGAAAAUAGAAGGCAAUGAUCCCGACUAUGAUGACAUUUCCCUGGUCCAAAAUAGUAAGAGAAACAAAGCGGCUGAACAUAAUGCCCGAGAAGCAGCAGUACAGAAGAUUGAAGCCAUCAUCAGAGAGCAGUUUUCUUUGGAGAUGAAGAACAAAGAGCAUGAGAUAGAUGUGAUAAGUCAGCGUCUCAAUGAAGCCAGGAGGAUGAUGGACAAGCUAAGGGCAUGCAUAGUGGCCAAUUACUACGCCAACGCUGGAGUAACAAAGCUCCCAGAGCAUGCUUCAAAGAGUGACCCUGCCGUGCUGAACCAUCCAGCCAUCCGCCGCUUCCUGGAGUCCCCAUCCCGGUCCUCUUCCCCUCUCAACCAGGGCUCUGAGACACCAUCUCUGGCCCAGUCAGAGUCUGAGUCCCUUUCACAACAAGGAGAGGGAGCAGAUAGGGAUGGAGAGGGAGCGUGGAGAGAGGAUGGCAGCAGGCAGGAGCGCAGACCAGGGCGCAAUACAGGCAAAGACACAUUCGGCGUACCAGUGGCCUUAGGAUCCGAGCAGAGGGUGACCUAUCACACUAUUGGAAAUGAAGCUUCUAGACUCUAUGCAAAAAAGACAAUCGUAGUGGGGAAUGUGUCCAGGUACAUUCCCCCAGAUAAGCGGGAAGAAAAUGACCAGUCUACCCAUAAGUGGAUGGUGUACGUCAGGGGCUCCAGGAGGGAGCCCAGCAUCGACCACUUUGUAAAGAAAGUCUGGUUCUUCUUGCAUCCCAGCUACAAACCCAACGACCUAGUGGAAGUCAGUGAGCCUCCCUUUCAUUUAACACGUCGUGGUUGGGGCGAGUUUCCUGUGAGGAUCCAGAUCCACUUCAAAGACCCCCGCAACAAACGCAUUGACAUCAUCCACCAGCUAAAGUUGGACAGAACGUACACUGGGCUGCAGACACUCGGAGCAGAGACUGUGGUUGAUGUGGAGCUCCAUAGGAACUCUCUUGGGGAGGACUACAUCCCUCAGCCCUCUUCCUCCAAGGUGACUCACAGAGCAGCCAGCCCCACGUUGGUGUCCUCCCUGGCUCAAAGUUAUGGACGCUCCAGUUCUCCCAUCUCACAUGAUCCCAGCGUAGACAAAGGUUUCAUCAAAGCAGAGAUGGGGAGGUCUACAGGUGGCCAUAGCUCCAGCCUCACCGCUGGUGAACGUACCCCAACCCGACCCAAAGCCAGCGACAGGAUCACUCUGGGUUCCCAUGGCAACUCUGCCUUCCAGCCCAUCACAGCAAGCUGUAAGAUCGUCCCACAAGGACAGCCGCCCAGCCCUGCUGAGUCUCCCGGGAAAUCAUUCCAACCAAUCACCAUGAGCUGUAAAAUUGUUUCAGGUUCUCCCAUUUCCACCCCAAGCCACUCCCCGCUGCCUCGCACACCUACCACAUCCACCCCUGUCCACAGCAAGCAGAGCUCUUCAUCAGUCCUCAAUAACCCUUACAUCAUUGUUGACAAGCCCGGCCAGGUGAUCGGCAUGGCUUCCUCAUCCGCCGCCUCCGCAGGAAGCCCCUCGGCCAAACAAUCUGUUGCUCAAGGCGCUCGCUCUCCAGCCCCCAAAGUUCACACCGGCACCUUCCUCUCAUCAGGAGUGAAGGUUAUUAUCAAGCAGGAGCCAGGGGAAGUUUCGACACAGCAGCAGCAGAUGGUUUCCACAGUAACCAGCCAGCAGCAACCUGCCGCUACAGCAGCACACCAGUUUGUCGCAGUGAAGGGAGGUCACAUGAUCUCCAUGUCGGCCCAGAAACAGGCAGGUGGGGCCACAGGGGCCACGACUAACAAGAUGUUAGGCAUUCCUGUCAGCUCAACGCUUCAGUCUGCGGUCAAACAGGUGGCUAUCAGCAGUGGGCAGAUUCUGGUCGCCAAGGGCAACCCCUCAGUCUCCAAGGUGAUGGGUGGGAAGCAGGUUUUGGCUCAGGGAGUCGCAAAAGCCAUCGUCAGUGGAGCCAGUGGCAUUUCUGGUCAGCAGGCUGCUGCCAAGGCGGCUGGUGGUUCGAGUGGCAAGAGCGGAGUGAUGGCUACUCUUCAGCUGCCAGCCAACAACCUGGCCAAUCUGGCCAAUUUGCCUCCAGGCACCAAACUCUACCUGACCACCAACAGUAAGAACCCCUCGGGGAAGGGCAAGCUGCUUCUCAUCCCACAGGGAGCUAUCCUCCGAGCCUCCAGUGCAAGUCAGCAGUCCCAGAGCAGCACGUCGGCAGGCGCUGGGGGCUCGCAGACCUCCUCCUCCUCCUCUUCCUCUUCCAGCAGUCUGCCAUCCAACCUCUCCUACACGUCCUAUAUCCUUAAGCAGACACCACAGGGCACGUUUUUGGUCGGCCAGCCAGCACAGGGUUCGGGGAAGCAGGGAGGUUCAAGUUCGGGAGGUCAUGCAUCAACAUCUCCAGCCACUGUCAGCCAGCAGGCCAUCCGGGUGACAGCUGGACAGAAGGCAGCUAUCCUGGCUCAGGUGGUGGGCGGCUCCCAGGGUGCACAGGUGAAGUUGUCUGACGGUUCUGUUAAGACAGUCACAGCGGCGGCAGCAGGCCACUUGUCCAAGCCGGGAACAACCACAUUGAGGAUGACAGGUGGAGUCAUCACUGCCGCUAGUUCCACCCCCGGUUCUGUCAGUGCUGCAGCAUCAGCAGCAGCCAAUCAACAACAGGCUGCCGAUGGAGGGAAGUCUGCCUCUCAGCACCACUCGCUCCUGGUGGCAGCCAACCAAGCUGCAGUAAUCAGUGCAGCUAAAAGCGCCAGCGCUGCUGCUGGAGGCAGCCUGUCGAAGACGGCUGUGGCCACCUUGGUCAAGGGUGCCGGCAACUCUGCCACGAUGUCAAAGAGCGCUGCGGGUUCAACUGGAGCUGUAGUAACGGUAGCCAAAGGCAUCACCAACAUGCCUGUCGUCAGCAUGUCCAAGGGUGCAGGGGUGGGGUCUGUGGUGGGUGCGCCCAAAAGUAGCGGCACGUCACUGGUCACUGCAGCCUCAUUAGUCAGCGGGAUGGCAGCAGGAGGAGGGAAGACAGGUGCUACUCUCUCAGGGAUGCUGAAGAUCCACUCAGGAGGCUCCAGCUCCCAGCAGACAGUCUUAACCAUCCCUGCCAACCAGCUCAAGCAGUUGGGGGUUGGCACUGGGUCUGGAGGGGUGCAAACCAUACUCAUGCCUGUUGGGAAAGUCGUGUCUAAAGGCCCAGUCUCCAGUACUCCUUCCUCCUCCUCUUCCACCGCCCCUGGAGCAGCUGGAGCUGGAGCCUCCCCAAGUCCUGCCAGACAGGCAUCCCCCUCCCUUGCCCUGCCUCUGGCACAAGUGAAGACAGAGCCAGGUGCCAGCACAGCUGUCACAGCUGGUCCAUCUCCCCCGGUGACCGCUCCCGGCCCCACCUCUGUCCACGCAGCCACCACAGUCAAGCAGGAGCAAGGGGCGGAUAACUCUGCACACGACCUCAUCAACACUGAGCACAUAGAGACCAUGAUGCAGCUGCUGACAGCUGUGGUGAAGAAGUUCCCUCUUAUUGUGCCAGAUAAGACUGAAGAUUCCCAUCCGUUCUGUGCCUCUUCAACAGAGCAGUAUUAUUCCUGGACUAUUGGCAAGCGCAGAGCAUCAGAGCUUCAGCGAGCGGUGGCAGUAAAGCGGGUUGUCCAGGAUGUGUUGGACCGCUCGCCCCGCCUGCAGGCCCUCACCCCCCCAAAAACCAGAGAGGUGGUGCAGUGGUGUCGGCAGAGGGGCUACACGCCGCCUGACCUCGAGCCUCAACGCAAGAAUGACGACGAGUCCAUCGAGGACAUCCUCACGCAGAUCGACAACGAGCCCGAGUGCCCAACGACCCUGUGUAGCUGCGAGGAGCUGGUGCAGCGGCUGGAGCAGAUGCAAGCUCUGCUGAAGACUGAACCAGAGGAGGCAGACGACCAAAUAGUGGACAUCAUCACUGUGACGCCUCCCUGCCAGAAACUAAAGGUCAAAGAAGAGGAGCAGGAGGCUGACGCAGAGCCCAAGUUCUUCCUGGGUCCCUGCAUGUCGGCGCAGUUUGUUGGUGAAACUGCGCAGCAGAUCGGAGUAACCUUCCAGCCAGUCGAGGUGGAGAAGAAUGUGUUCGCUCCAGUAGUGGAAGCCAUGAUUCUGAAGGCUACUGAACAGUUUGCCAGUGACAUCCUGAGAGAAGCUCUGGCUGGGGCCUACGCCAAAUCCCCUCAGAACAGAGCUCCAAGAGAGAUCACAGCCAUGAACAUCCACCAGGCGGUCAGUAGCGUCCCCACCUGUGACUUCCUCACCAACGCACACAUGGGUUACCUUUCUAAGGACAACUGAGGCAUAGCAAGAUGAACACUGGCCAGUAAUCGACACUUAGUGAGAUGUGAGGACUGUUUGAUCUCCUGGUUUUGACCAAGCUGCCAGGAACAGCGCUGGACUUUGACGCCAAUUUGAUAUAGUGGCCAAACUGUGGAAUUACACCUUGUGGGUCUGUCAUGGAGCCCAAAAAGAAUUUUACUGUAGACUUACAUUGUGAGAGAGACAUCUGUAAAUCAGUGGGUACGUUUUAUUGAGUGCACAAUCCCUGCUUUCAGAAUUUGAUCCAUUCACCCGAGAACAUUUCGAAAGUCUAGAAGAGUGCAUGAUUAGAUUAGUGGAGUGCUAAACUGGAAGUUAGCUGCCUGGCCCACAGAAGUCUCUAGUGCGCUUGCUUUAUGGGCGGUGUAAUACAGAAGAUCUGGGUAAUUUUACACUUGGAAGGAAACAUUUGUAGCUUUAUGCACCACUGAGCAACUUUCACAGGAAUGAACACGGCCCCGUCUCCAAGGCUGUAUCCAGUUCUCUUUAUUUAUCCAUGGUUACAACAGAGUCUCUGUGAACUGACUGAAUAUUCACACCUGGAUGUUGUCCUGUUGCCUCAGGUUGCACAGUAAUAACUAAUGUACUGUAUUCAUUAACUUUAUCAUAGAAGGGCUCAGCUUGCUUCUCACAGCAGCCGCACAGCAGCGGAAUAACAAAUGUUUCUAAUAAUCUGGGUAUACUGUAACACUUUGGUCCUAAUGUAUCGAGAAGCAGCAUUGUGGGACUCGUGUUAUUUCAUUUUAAGAGGCCGUCGUGCUCUCGCUUACCUCAUAACAAGAUUAUUGUAAUGAUGAAGUGUUUCCUGCUAGACAGCCAGCAAGUCAUCAGGGGAAUGACUUACAAGGCUGAAAAACGACAUCAGACAGCUGUCCCCCUCCUUCAUCCGUCACCCUGCUGUCACACAUUCAGUUCACCUGCAGAGGUGAAGCACAGAUUUCACAGCAAAUCGGAAAACACUAAUGAACAUCUGAGUAUUAGGGUUCUCUAUCAGUCACGCUGAUAUUAAUGUCUGGUUGGUACUUUGGGCAAAGCAAACCGAGAGGUUCCUCCAAAAGUGUCAUUGCCAUGGCAACCAAUGAGUCGUCACUGCGAACAUCCUUUGAUGUAUUUUCAGUGAUACCUGGCAGGGGUAAUUAUGGCUCUUACAAUAAUGCUGUUUUGUAAGUCUCCUCCGAGGAGCUGACUGAUUCAUGUUCCUUAUUUUUAAGUUGCAGACAGAUUAUGAAGGGUUAUAAAAAAAUCCCAUGUCAGACUCUGAACAAGACACAGCUAAUAGUCUAAUGAACUGAUCGUCACAAACUCAAGACAUCACUCUCAAUAUUUAUCUGCUCUCCUUCAUGGAACAGGUUUGAUAGCCAGCUGAAAGUGCUUUUAAGUGUUCUGGUUAACAACCAAUCAUGUGAUGUACACAGUGUAUAUGACCAAUUUGAAAUAGACGGUGUUUUCAAACCCUGUUUUAUUUUUUUAUCUAAUAAUGGCUGCGAACAGUAACGCCCUAACAGUAGUGAGUGUGCGUGUAUGAAUAUGUGUGAAUAGUGGAUGUAGUCAUCACAGAAGUUAAUGGCAAGUGAGUGCUCGUGUGUGUUUUGUCAGCCGAUGUUGGUAAUUCUGUUUCAUGUGGAGCUUUGCAUUAUGUGAAUGUGUGGAUGAGUGGAUGAGUGGAGGUGUUUGGAGCGAGUGGUUGUGAUGCCUGUUCAACCAAAUUAGAGUAGAAGGUUACCCAAACAUUGUAUUUUCAUGUUUCAGUGCAAACCAAAAAUAUAAUCAAUAUUCUUGUAAUAAACAAAGUAAAACUUGA